AUGGUGGGUGACACAGCUAAUAACGAAUGUGGCCCUCAACGCAAGCUCGGAUAUGGUGGUCUCGGCGCUUUUUUAGCUCGGGCUGUGCGUAAGAAUCCAAAUAAGAGAGAUCCAUGUAGUUUGUUCUUGGAUCAGACAUCCAGCAAGUUGAGUAUUCGAAGCCGGCCAACCUUGCCGACCUGGUCAACAUUAGGAGACAGCUGUGGAGUCCAAGUCGAGUUUCUCAAAUCGAAAACCUUGCGGAAAAAUUCACGACAUCGUAGCGAAACACCAAGCCAGAAGAAGUUUACCAGCGCAUCGCUCAGGUGUGUCCUCACAGCGUCCCCCAACAACAUAAAGCUUUUCGUUGAGCACGACUGCACCGUGCUGCAAGACGACGCAAAGAGGAGGAAGUGCAUCUUGAGCAUCGAUGGAGGUGGAGUGAGGGGUGUUAUUCCCGCAACAAUUCUUGAGUACCUUGAGGAUUGCUUACAGGAGCUAGAUGGUCCUAGUGUCAGGCUCGCGGAUUACUUUGACACCAUUGCUGGAACCAGCACCGGAGGGAUCAUCGCCGCAAUGCUGGGGACUCCUGGCAAAGACAAUCGGCCAAUGUUCAUGGCAAAAGAGAUCACUGGGUUCUACUUUGCGAAUGCGCAGAAGAUAUUCCCGCAGUACUUUCUCAAAAGCGCUGCUGGACUCUUCGGGCCAAAGUACUCCGAGAAGCCUAUGGAGAGCCUUCUCCACGAGUAUAUUGGCGACUUGAAGAUGAGAGACACACUCGUUCCUCUCGUCAUUCCAACCUUUGACACUAAACUCCAGCAGCCUGUGUUCUUCACAACUUCAGAGGCCAAAACAAACGAAUCCAAGAAUGCGUUUCUCCGAGAUGUUGUCCGGGGCACCACCGCGGCUCCAACUUAUCUGCCUCCAAAAUAUUUCCAGAUGCCUACGGGAGUGGAAUUCAACCUGGUUGACGGUGGCCUCGCCGCAAACAAUCCAACUUUUCUAGCCAUUGUUCAAGCUCUGAAGGAUUCAGAAGCUCAGGAUCCAGGAUUGGUAGGCACUAAACUGCUCGAGAGGUUCGAGGAGUUGCUGGUCAUAUCUCUUGGUUGUGGCGAUCAAACCGUGAGCUACACGGCCAAGGAGAUAGCAAAAUGGGGGGCUCUCGGCUGGGUGGUUCAUGAGAACGGGGCUCCAAUCAUCAACAUGCUCUCUAACGCAAGCGCCGACAUUGUUGACCACACCAUCUCGUCGCUCUUCCGACUUAGUGUGUGCGAGCAGAACUUCCUUCGGAUUCAGACGCCGGAGCUCGAGGGCAGCAUUGCGGAAGUUGACAACUCGAGCUUGGAGAAUUUGAAGAAGCUGGCCAUGGUUGGGAAAGGCUUGUUGGAACGGCGAGUGCAAAUGGUGAAUUUGGAAACGGGUACCUGGCAAGAUGUUGGGAAUGAAACCAACCAAGAAGCCAUUAAGAGGAUGGCUAACUGGUUAUCACAGAAUAGAAAAGGCACAAGUCUUUAA